AGGGAUACAGGGAAAGUAAGCGUAAGAGCGGGUUCCGAGUGGGCGAACUGACGAGCAAAUCCUCCACAUGUGUGCGACAUUGUAAAAUUCAAAAGUGUAAAAAAAAAAUUCGAGUCGAAAUAUCGCUAGAUCUGGCGAAAAAAGCGUCGAAAAGCGAAGAGGGAAGAGCGAGCGAGUUUUCACUCGGGGCCGUUGUUUGUAAGAGUGCGCCGCCGUCGGACAACAAUAAAUGGAGCCUUGAAAGACACUCGGGGAGGUUGUACGCUUCGCCAAUUUAAUCUUCAUAUGAUGAUGAGUGACUUCGAGAAAUCGAACAGAAGAGGAAAAUAUCAACGGGACCGAGAGCUUUACACACCUGGUAGUGGUCCGCUGCGAAAAUCGUUUGGCCCGAGGGAUGGGCCGGUGAUGAAUUCUGAGAGUGUGCACAGAAAUGGACUGACCAAACCCAGAAUCUUAUCCCGUGAUGAAGAAGUUGAAAAAAUAACGAAAGAAUUGAAAAAAAUAACUCUAAGCGCGAAUAAGGAUGCCGAGCUGAGAAGUGAAGAUGUAUCAGGGAAAAGGCAGAGGAAACCAGGCUCCGAGAUUUAUGUUCCGAAACCCGCUCAACGGUUGCAUGACCAAAUAGAUGUUUUUGAAUUGAAACGGGCUGAAAAACAAAGUUCCAAUGAGAAUUUUGAAAAAGUACUGUACAGCACCGAUAGAAACGGGUUCAAAAGCGUUGAACGGUCUGGAAAGAAAAAAGACAAGAAAAAACGAUCCAAAGGGAAACAUGCCGACUCGGAAAAAACAGAACUUUCAAAGUCCAGAGACAGUAUGAACAAUCCUACAGACAAUUACACCGCCAACAGAUUCACACGUCACGGCUCGGAACCGCCUAUGAACCAAGAGAUGAACGUACAUUCGAGGGAUAUCCGCAGUGUUGAACCGGGCGGGAGUACGAAUUGGAAUCAUGACCGAAUGCACAACAAACCACCGGUCGGCUAUCAGAACAAAAGAAACAACCCGAAGAAUUUGCCUCCGAGGUUUCAAAAGAAAUUCAUGGCUGAAAACGGUUUAUUGGAACCUUCUGAGGAAAAGUUCAACCAGACUCCUUCAGAGACGGGCGAGAAGGCUGAUCUCGUCGAUCGCGACAGUCCCGAAUCGUUACGGUCUAAUUGCAACAUGGAACGAUUCAAGCGUCCUCAGUCGUUGUCCGAAGAAUGGUCUAAGUCCUUACCUAAAACUAGAGGCCGAGGCCGAGGUGCUCUUAAAAAGGAUGUCUACGAAAGUUUAACUGCAAACAGGAUAAUCCAAACACCAUCCCUGGAAAGUGAUAGAAGCAGUUCGUUAACAUUUAGUAACAAGAACUAUGACUAUGUCGAAAGUCUGCCGUACAACGUCGAGGAGAAAGAAAAUCAAGAGCAAGGCUAUUCUUACGACGGUAGCAACUUGGAGAAUGAGUCUCAAUUCUGUGACGCCAAAGCGACUUCAGACUUGGAAAACUUUAAAACACAAACUAAUGUCUUGGAUUGGGCUGCCGAGGUAGAAAUGUCCCUUUCAAAAGGAAAUUCUAAGGAAUCAUUGACGGUCGUUCCAUCUGUACCCGUAACAAAAGGCAGGAGAAAGAAAAAAAGAAGACAGUCGUGGAAAGAAAGUAAAGAAAGAAGUGUUAGUAGGGAGCGUCCUCGACAGAGGGACCAUGUGCAAAGAGGUUCAGUUGAAAAUCUUUUCAACCACAGCAGGAACAACAGUAUUGAGAGAAAUUGGAGAGACAAGUCUCACAGCACCCACUCUACUUGGCAGAGUUCAAACUUUGGAAGAAGAAGCAGGCACAACACACCGGAAAGGAACACCAGGAGGCAAGGAAGCCGGAGGAACUCAUUUUGCGACAACAGUCGACAGAACAGCUCCGAGAGAUACCACGGCGGAAGGCGAGGUGGAAGCCGUAAGAAUUCCUCUUGUGAUAAUAGAAGCAGGCCAAACAGUUUAGAAAGGCAUUCGAGAAGGACAGGAGGCAAGGAGUUGUAUUGCGACAACAGAAGCAGGCAGAACAGCCCCGAGAGGAAGGACCACAGAAAUAGGAACAGAAAUGGCAAAAGGCAAACCGAAGAUGCACACCGAAGGCUAGACUUGCCUAACAAAGACGAGGGAAAACAGGCUGGCAUCAUCGUCUUGCCUCAGCCCUUUGCGUCAGUGCCGAAGUACAAUCCGCCUGUUGUGCAGAGGAAGUUGUUCGACCCUUGCAACCCGGAUAAACCGAUUGUUGUUUCCUCCUCUCGCGUCCAAGAUCAGGACUCUCCUUUCCUGAACAGUAACAAAACAAUAGACUUUUCAAACAUGUUAAUACCUGCCAACGAUGCCAUGAUGACACAAGCCCCUCCAUGGUACAACCCUUAUAAAGAAAACUUUCAACAAUCUCAUAAUCCACAUGUAAUACGUGAGAUUGCCCAUGCUGAUUGUGAACUCCAGUAUUUGCUCGGCACAGGCGAGGCGAUCCUUCAUUAUUGGGAUCAACUGCAGCGACUCAGGUUUUACCUUAAAGAUCAGCUGAAAAUAAUGCUUCUAACUGAUCUGAGGUUUUGCCAAGCGGAAAACGUCGAACAACACUUGUGGAAGAUCCUGUACUACAAUAUUAUUGAAUUGUUGAGAAAGUUCAUAACCGAGAAUCCACAAAUGAAAGAAAAAUACAAAAUGGCGCUAAUUACAAUUAUUGAUGAGGGCUCGGAGUUUUACGAGCGUUUGCUUGAAGAUUUAGAAAACGCUAAUAAAAUAAAUUUGGACAAAUACCUCAACGCUCCCAGUUUUGUAAGAGAAGGAUUGGGCCACAUUGGUUUGGUUUUAAUCGCAGCGCAAAAGAUUUAUCUAUGCCUUGGAGAUCUCGCUAGGUACAAAGAACAAGCCAAUGAUGCCACCAAUUACGGCGCGGCAAGACAGUGGUAUAUGAAAGCGCAUCAAAUCAACCCAAAAAAUGGUCGCCCAUACAACCAGUUAGCUAUACUCGCUAUGUACACUAAAAGAAGGCUGGAUGCUGUUUAUUAUUACAUGCGAUGCCUCAUGUCUUCAAAUCCGAUGGUAACGGCGAAAGACAGCCUCAACUUGCUCUUCGACGACAACAGGAAAAAGUACGAAGCUGUAGACCGCAAGCGAAAAGAGGAUAGGGCGAGGAAGGAAAGGGAGAAAAUGAAAGAAAAAGAAGGAGGCGGGGGCUACAGGAAGGAAAUCUGGAUUCACCCAGGAGGAGGUAAAAAUGUACAUAGAACGACAUCAACUUGUCAGCCUGAUAUCGAUUCAGCCGACGAAGAAUUGUACGCAGCAACAAAUAUUGAGGUCAAUAAAAGGUUUUGCAUGAGUUAUCUUCACGUUCACGGAAAAAUCUUCACCAAAAUUGGAUUGGAAAGCCUGUCGGAGACGAUUCAGCAGAUGUUAAGAGAGUUCAGGGCACUCCUGCAGCAUUCUCCUAUUCCGCUUAAUUCCACCCGGUUUUUACAACUCUUUGCACUCAACAUGUUCGCCAUUGAAAUAACCCAGCCAAAAGGGGACAUCGCGGGUAACGGCACAGACGGUUGCUACAGAUCAGCGCUGCAGGAAAGCGCCCUAGUCGCCUCUCUGCAGAUGUUCAACCUCAUCUUGGAGAGGUUCAUCAAGAUCUUGCAGGAUCAUCUCGCCAACCCGAACAACGCCCACACAAUACCCUCGGACUGCCAGGUCAUUCUUCCAGCUUUGAAGAUUUGGUGUGACUGGCUGACCUCCCAUUUCGAGAUUUGGAACCCUCCUCCGUCUUGUCAAGACUACAAAGUUGGGCCACCAGGAGAUUGUUGGAGCAGACUUGCGGUACUGGUCAAUCUACUCGAAAAGCUCGAGUUUCCAAAAGACCUGUUGUCCGAGGAGAAGAAGGAAGACAGCGAAGUUGUAUUUCUGCCGGAAGACGCGACACUGGCCGGUUUCAACCCUUUGAUUGCCAACUCCCAGGAACCUGUCUAUGUACACGAAGACGUUGACAUGGACUUGGCCCAGAAUUGUUUGAGAAUUCAAAAGAUCCUCUUCUUCGGCUCGGUCUUCCUUUGCGGCCUCGAUCCUCCUGUCCUGAAGGUGCAGAAAAUGGACUCUGGAGAAUCGGAGUACGUCUCUGUAGUCGACACGCCCGGCUCGCAAGAACAGUGUAAGAAUGAGUUGGGGGUGCAGAGCGAUCUUGAAGUCUGCGAGAGUAUGAGCAGCUCGGAGGAGAGCGACGACUCGGGGAAGGCGACCGGGGUCGAGGAGGACGAAACCCUCACCGACGCCUUGAAGAACCUCAUCUUUCGGAAGGACCAGCUCGAAAGACAGCACAGGCGUCAGCAGGCCAGACAUAAAAACAUACAGAAAGUGAUAUCAAUUUCUGAAGUUAUGACUGUGAUGGAAGUACGACCACAUGAUUUGGUUCCUGACACUAACUGCUUCAUCGACUGCCUUCCUCAGAUUGAAGCGCUGCUCAAGAUCUUGCCUAAUCCACAGCACCCUUAUGUCAUCAUGGUGCCUCUCAUAGUUAUGAAUGAGCUUGAAGGGCUCUCGAGGGGCUGCAAGCCGAGCCAGAGUGCCCUACAUUCGGUUAUGGUCAGAGAGACGGCCAGAGACGCGAUGGCCCUGUUCCAGAAAAAGCACCCUGCGCUACGCUGUGUCACGACCAAAGGCUCAGUACUCAUUUCUCCGGCUUUCACCGUCGAGGAAGACACCGCUGUCGACAUGAAGAAUGACGACAAGAUCCUCGCCACAUGCAUAAAUAUUUCCAAAGCUCAUACAAGAGAUGAAGUUACAGAAGGAGGCAAGAAGAAACUGUACAGAGAAGUGGUUUUGCUGACUGAUGACAAAUCACUGAGGUUGAAGGCUAUAUCUCGAGACAUGCCAGUUCGAUCCCUGGCAGAUUUCAUGAAGUGGGCCGGCCUCGGGUGACAGGAUUCAACUCCUGCUUCUUGAAUAUUACUGGACACCAGUGAGAGGUGUUGUGUUUCGGUGUCAGCCGAUUGAGAUAAAAAGGCUCCGAGCGAAUCCUCAAAAAGACGGCCAAUAACGAGCAUUUAACAUCUCCCUUCUUAAUUAGACGACAAAGGUACUGCUAAUUGUUCGUCCGUAAAGUCUGAAUCCAUUGUUUAUUGGGUGUCAUUUCACUGUACUUAAUAUUUUAUCGACGUUAGACUGUCGACGACCCACCCGGUGCUUUCGUUAGGCUUCUCAAUCGCUCAGGGACAGGCACGCGAUUCAGCCUUUUUCACAAAUGUGCAUAGCAAUAUUUUUGUUAACUCAUAUCGACAAUUUUAUAUUUUGUUAUUCGCCAGAUGGAUUUACGAGUGACUUCACGUUGAAAAGCCUAACGGUUCCCUUCACCGCCCACGGAGCUGUUUUUAUUUUAUUAUUAUUAUCAUAUAAUAUGCGCUAAUGGAAAUACUUUUAUGCCAAAUAUUGGAAACUGGGUGAUCUCAUUUGGCUUUAUUAUUUUUCUACAAUUACAUUAACAACAAUCAAAACGGGAAGUUCGGGUGAUCGUUUAGUCCUUUAACUGUGCUGUGUUAAUAAGAAUAUUCAUUUUCAUUUCUCUCUUCUUCUUUUUUUCCCAUUUUAUUUUGUUAAAAUAUUUGAAUAGAUGUUCUGUUGUACAUGACGGUUCAGAUAAAGAUUUAGAAUUUUAAUGAUUUUGUAGAUAAAUAGUACGUGUUAGAAAGACGUUUAGGAUUUAGAUUAAAAAAAGGCGGUUUUGGGUCUCUAGCCCAGUCGUGUAGUGUCAAUUGUAACUCCACACACAUUUAAUUGUAAUUUUUGAAUACGAAAUUAAUUUAUAUUUAUAAUUGUAUUUAUUUGUCGGGAUUUCCAGGCCGAAGAUUUUUUUUUCUCGCCUUACUAUUUCUUUUCAUUUAUCCCCACGAAAUCGUUACUACUUUUCAGUGUGUUUCAUCAAUUAUAUAUUUUUUGUUUGCACCAUACUCUAUCAGUUACGCGAGAUUGGUAUAUAUCAUAUGUAUAGUUUUUGGAAUAAUUUAAUACUUGUUAACUUUGUCAAGAUUUUGAAUAUAUUAUCAUAAGUGUA